AUUGAUGUCGAUUUGGGGCUGAUACCCGUUAUAGAACGAGAUGUUGUUCAUUUACGUUAUUUUACUGAAUACCAGUGGCUAGUGGAUUUCAGUAUUUAUGCUGGUCUAGUUUAUGUUAUUUCAGAAGUGUACCAUUUUUACUUCCCGCUUAAAAAUGAAGUCAACUUAAGCAUGGUGUGGUGUUUGCUAGUCAUUUUUUUCGCAAUAAAACUGCUGUCUGCACUUACGGUUUUAUAUUUUCACAGCGAGGAAUCAAUCGGUGAACGUUCCAUGGUGAUUGUUGCGUGUCUUGUUUACUUAUUAAUAGCCAUGAUGGUGCUUAUAGUUGAUGAAAGUAUAUUAGAGACCGGCUUGGAGAAUGCGUACAAUAGUUUUAAUAACAGCGCUUCAAAGUUCCUAACUGAACAAGGACUGCCAUCUUCUGGACCUGCUUCUAAAAUAGUUGUUAAAUUCUUCAUAGCAUUAGGUUGUGGCAUUUUGGGAUCCCUGUUUACUUUUCCUGGUUUGCGUAUGGCUAAAAUGCAUUGGGAUUCAUUAAAAUAUUACGGAAACAAUAAACUAAUGCAAAUUAUAUUAAAUAUAAGCUUUAUACUACCCUUUAUAUUAGUAAUUUUAUGGAUACGUCCAAUUAGCAGAGAUUACUUAACUGUACGGAUUUUUGAGGGUAUGGAUGCACCAUUACUAAAACCACAUGUAUUCGAAACACUUCGCCUACUACUUGUACUGAUUGUUGUCAUUCUACGGUUUGCUUUAAUGCCCAUCUACUUACAAUCUUACUUGAAUAUAGCACAUGACAAGGUGGAGGAUUUACGUAAAGAGGCCGGUCGUAUAACAAAUAAAGAAUAUCAAACAAAGAUUUCAUCUAUUUUUUACUAUCUUUGUGUUGUUACUUUACAAUUUGUUGCUCCGGUUAUACUGUGUUUAUACCUCACUUUGAUGUACAAAAGCUUAGGUGGUUUUAGUUGGACUGGGCUCUUUACCGAAACUGUUUUACAAGAUGAAUGCGUUGCCAAUCUUGAUUCGCAAGCAUCAACACUUGUCAGCAGUAUAGAAACAGUUGCAGAAGGCAGUGGUUUGGGAGACAUUGAUGUGGUCGAAGAAAAUUUUAAUAUUUUAGAAUCUGCACAAACGUUACAAGCAUCUUUAACAAGUUUGAAAAAUGUCUUUAGUACGGAAGUUUAUAAAGGCUUUCUUGGAUUUGCAACUUGGUGGAGUUAUUUCACAUUAUUCGCAACGUCUUCUUUGGGAAUCGUGUAUCAGUCAUAUUUUAACAAAACAUGAGCAAUUUAAUAUUAAGUUUUAUUUUUCAUACUGUUUGUUAUUUAUA